AUGGCAGUAUUGCUCCACGGACACCAGAGGGCCCUUCCCCCACGGCCUCUCCCUCCGCCCUUCGCCAAAGAAAAAAGGCCAAGCCCUGGCCACCGGGCUCCAACAUGGCGGCUCCCACGUCCCCGUCCGCCCCCCGCCGCUCUGCUCUCCUGGGGGAGCACGCUCCCGCUUCUGGGCUUGCGUGCCUCCGCGGAGCCUCGUCCCCUGUCGCUCCACGGAGCCUGCCCAAAAGCAAGGGCGAGGCUCAGCGAGGCCCAGCGACGUUCACCCAGGCUGCCGGCAGUGGCCAUAAUCCGCUCCGGGCCUCCAUCUUUGCCCCCGCGGCUCUGCAGGACGCCUCAGGAGACACACUGGUCAGCUCGUGGGCCCAGAGCCCCAACACCCACCCCUAGCCAGUCGGUGCCCGAUCCUCCGUCAGGACUCCCCCCAGAGGCCAGCGUGACCCUGAGGCCUCCAGCGGGCCACACACAAAGGGCGGCGGCGGCGGCGGCCCCCGGGCACGGGCCGGGAGGUCGGCAGAGGGGUCCACCUCCCACGGCCCGAGGACAGAGGGGCCCCGAGCACCGGGCCCUUCGCCCGUGGCCUCUCCUCGCCGCCGCCCCGCCCCUCCCCCCCCAAACGGCAUUCCGACGUGGACCCUGGCCCGCACGGGUCAGUGCGGAGGGCAGGCGGCCGCCAAAGCAGGGCCGCCGACACGGCCCCGUGCCUGGCCCAGGCUGCGUCUCGGGACAGCUCCCACGGGACGGGGCAGGCCAGGGACGGGGCAGGCCAGGGACGGGCCAGCCCCACGUGUGCCCCUGCUCUCCCGGACCCGGCCCUUUCCCAGCGGAGCGGGACCGGGCCAUCGCAUCCACUGCUGCUCUUCUCUCCCCUCGAUCGGCCCGGAUCCUAGGGUGGACUCCUCACGGUCCCUUUCAACUGCGCCCUGACAACCCGUCUACCGUGCCUGGGGCAUAG